CUUGCUCCUUUAUUGGUGGGGAACCAGACACCAGAGCUUGUGAGUUUGAGACCCUCCCCUUUCUCCUGCAUAUUCCUUUCUGCUUGCGAGUUCUGUCUUCAUCCAUCCAAAAGCACCUUAGCUGACAUGGUGCAACAAGUGCUGUAUAGAGCUCUGGUCUCCACCAAAUGGCUAGCAGAAGCUGUGCGGGCCAAUAAGAUUGGGCCUGAGCUGCAGGUGCUGGACGCCUCCUGGUAUGAACCCGGUGGCAAGAGAGAUGCCCAGAAAGAAUUCAGGGAGCGGCACAUCCCCGGAGCCUCCUUUUUCGACAUUGAGGAAUGCAAAGACAAGUCAUCCCCUUACGAGGUCAUGCUUCCCAGCGAGAAGCACUUUGCGGACUACGUCGGCCGCCUGGGCAUCAGCAACCAGACCCAUGUCGUGGUGUACGAUGGAGACAACCUGGGCACUUUCUACGCACCGCGGGCCUGGUGGAUGUUCCGUGUCUUUGGGCACCGAACUGUCUCCGUGCUGAAUGGGGGGUUCAAGAACUGGGUGAAAGAAGGGCACCCCGUGACAUCAGAGAGCACCAGACCAGAGCCGGCCGUUUUUAAAGCCAGCCUGAACAGAUCGCUCCUGAAGACCUAUGAGGAUAUGCUGGAGAACCUGGAAUCCAAGCGGUUUCAAGUGGUGGAUUCCAGAUCUGAAGGGAGAUAUCGGGGAACAGAACCUGAGCCAGGGACACAAGGGCUUGAACCAGGCCACAUCCCCCAAACUCUGAACAUGCCUUUUUUCAAUUUCUUGACUGAAGAAGGAUUUGAGAAGAGCACGGAAGAGAUCCGGAGCAUGUUCCAGGAGAAGAAAGUGGAUCUCUCAAAGCCUCUGAUUGCCACAUGCCGCAAGGGGGUCACAGCCUGCCACAUUGCCCUGGCGGCGUACCUGUGUGGCACACCAGAUGUGGCCAUCUACGAUGGAUCUUGGUCAGAGUGGUUUCGGCGUGCCCCGCCAGAGCUUAAAAUUUCAGAGUGGAAACGCCAUAAGGCAUAAGCAAAGCAGUAUCAGUCUGCUGCGGUUAUUCAUGCACCGAGGUUUGGGUUCUUAAUUAUUCCUGACAAAGAUCAAGGGCUAGGGAAAUGUGAAGUUCGUAGUCUUUUAUAAAUUUUUUAGUUUUCUAAUUGAACGCUAUGUUUUUUCCUAUUUCUUUUUUGUAAUUGGUAAUGGAAUAAAGCAGAAUCUCAGGUCAAGUGGCCUUUUA